UCUUCCGUACAGCGCCUGCGCGUCAGACUCCGCCUUCUCGUUUCUGCGCAUGCGUGGCGCGGCUUUCCGUUGACGGGGACUGGAAGAUGGCGGCGUCCGCAGUCUGUCGGGCUGCCUGCUCCGGGACACAAGCGCUGCUUCGCACCCGCCGCACGCCGGCCCUGCUGAGGUCACCUGCCUUGCGGGGUACCGCCACCUUCGCCCAGGCCCUCCAGAGCGUGCCGGAGACCCAGGUCAGCGUGUUGGACAACGGGCUGCGUGUGGCCUCGGAGCAGUCCUCCCACCCCACCUGCACGGUGGGAGUGUGGAUUGAUGCUGGCAGCCGUUACGAGACUGAGAAGAACAAUGGCGCAGGCUACUUUUUGGAACACCUGGCUUUCAAGGGAACAAAGAAUCGGCCUGGCAAUGCCUUAGAGAAGGAGGUAGAGAGUAUGGGGGCUCAUCUUAAUGCCUACAGCACUCGGGAGCAUACUGCUUACCUCAUCAAGGCACUUUCCAAGGACCUACCAAAAGUUGUGGAGCUCCUGGCAGAUAUUGUGCAAAACUGCAGUCUGGAAGACUCCCAGAUUGAGAAGGAACGAGACGUGAUCCUGCGGGAGAUGCAGGAAAAUGAUGCGUCUAUGCAGAAUGUGGUCUUUGAUUACCUGCAUGCUACGGCAUUCCAGGGCACACCUCUGGGCCAGGCUGUGGAGGGGCCCAGUGAGAACGUCAGGAGGCUGUCGAGAGCAGACUUGACUGAUUACCUCAACAGGCAUUACAAAGCUCCUCGAAUGGUGCUGGCUGCAGCUGGAGGGGUGGAGCACCGGCAGCUGCUAGACCUCGCCCAGAAGCACUUCAGCAGCGUCUCUCGAGUGUAUGAAGAGGAUGCUGUACCUGGUGUAACUCCGUGUCGCUUCACUGGCAGUGAGAUCCGUCAUCGUGAUGAUGCCCUGCCUUUAGCCCAUGUGGCCAUUGCUGUAGAGGGACCUGGCUGGGCUAACCCAGACAAUGUGGCCCUCCAAGUGGCUAAUGCCCUCAUUGGCCACUAUGACUGCACUUAUGGUGGAGGAGCGAACCUGUCCAGCCCUCUGGCUUCUGUUGCUGUGACUAACAAGCUUUGCCAGAGUUUCCAAACCUUCAACAUCUCCUACUCUGAGACUGGGUUGCUGGGUGCACACUUUGUCUGUGAUGGCAUGAGCAUCGAUGACAUGGUUUUCUUCCUGCAAGGCCAGUGGAUGCGUCUGUGCACCAGUGCCACAGAGAGUGAGGUGACUCGGGGCAAAAACAUCCUCAGAAAUGCCUUGGUGUCUCAUCUGGAUGGUACCACCCCUGUGUGUGAAGACAUUGGGCGCAGCCUCCUGACUUAUGGCCGCCGCAUCCCUCUGGCUGAGUGGGAGAGUCGGAUUGCGGAGGUGGAUGCCCAGAUGCUGCGUGAGGUUUGCUCCAAGUACUUCUACGACCAGUGUCCCGCAGUGGCUGGGUAUGGCCCCAUUGAACAGCUCCCAGACUACAACCGGAUCCGUAGCGGCAUGUUCUGGCUGCGCUUCUAGGCAGGAAGUCUGUGCUGGCAGGCAAGAGGGUGGGGCCAGGGACUCGGGGUCCUCUGCCACAAACAUACCACUCCUGCUGCUCAGACGUAUGCAGCCAAUUACCACUAAUAAAGUCCUAUUGAGAA